UCUCUCCUCUCCCAUUUUCUUGGCCGAAUGGCGUCGAAUGCCGGCAGCGGGAGGGCGUCGCUGCGGUCGGAGCGGCAGAUCCCGACGGGCCGGGCCGGCAGCGGGGGCCCGUCCGUCCGCACCAAGUCGGCCCCUCCCAAGCGCCCGUCAGGUCGUCCGCCGGCUCCGACAAUGCUGAUGCUGGCAGAGUUAGAGUUGCAGUUAGACUUCGGCCUAGGAAUGCUGAGGAUUUCCCUAAUGAUUCAGACUUCGCCAGCUGUGUUGAAUUGCAGCCUGAGCUUAAGAGACUCAUAUUAAGGAAAAAUAACUGGAAUUCCGAGUCCUACAAAUUUGAUGAAGUUUUCACUGAAAGCGCUUCUCAGCGGCGGGUGUAUGAAGUUGUUGCGAAACCUGUAGUGGAGAGUGUGUUAGAUGGGUAUAAUGGAACAGUGAUGGCUUACGGUCAAACAGGUACUGGAAAAACUUAUACAGUUGGUCGACUUGGGAAAGACGACCCUUCAGAACGUGGUAUAAUGGUGAGAGCUUUGGAAGAUAUCCUUGCUAGUACCUCUUCUCGGUCUGAUAGCGUGGCGAUAUCCUAUUUGCAGUUGUAUUUAGAAUCAUUACAAGAUCUACUGGCACCUGAAAAGACUAAUAUUCCUAUCGUUGAGGAUCCAAAGACUGGUGAGGUGUCCCUCCCCGGUGCUGCAGUAGUUGACAUAAGGAAUCUCGACCAUUUUGUGGAGCUGCUGCAAAUUGGCGAGGCAAAUCGCCAUGCUGCAAAUACUAAGCUCAAUACUGAAUCAUCACGAAGUCAUGCUAUGUUGGUGGUUCACAUCCAAAGAUCUUUGAAAGAGAAAGAGGAAAAUGACACUUCUUCUGUGGCUAUUUCAGAUGAGUCAUCUUCUCGUCACAUACCGCUUCUUUUGAAAAGCAAGUUACUGAUAGUUGACCUUGCAGGAUCAGAAAGAAUUGACAAAUCUGGCAGUGAAGGCCACAUGCUUGAAGAGGCAAAAUUUAUCAAUCUGUCUCUUACAUCUCUAGGAAAGUGUAUUAAUGCAUUGGCUGAGAAUAGUCCCCAUAUACCAACGCGAGAUUCCAAGCUUACUAGGCUUCUUCGUGAUUCAUUUGGAGGCACUGCAAGGACUUCUCUUAUAAUUACAAUUGGUCCGUCUGCACGGCACUAUUCUGAAACUUCCAGCACAAUUAUGUUCAGUCAGAGGGCAAUGAAAAUAGUGAACACUGUAAAGCUGAAGGAGGAAGUUGAUUAUGAGACUCUGUACAGGAAACUUGAGUACCAGGUCGAUUAUCUUACAUCAGAAUUGGAUAGACAGCAAAAACUUAGAGUUAAUGAGAAAGUGCACAUGGAAAAAGAACUAAAAGAAUAUGAAGCAACCCUAGCUGAAAUCGAAAGGAACUUUGCUGUGAAGUCUGAGAAUUUGGAGAAAGAAAAGAGUCAUCUAGAGUUGGAGAUUAAAAAAUUGAAAGAAGAUUUAAACACUGAGAAAGCUUCAAAAGAUCGAAUGUCUGAAAACAUUAUUCAGUUAGAAACGUCUGUGAAGCAUAAUGAGCAGCAACAGCUUGAAAACUCCUUGUAUCAGAAGGUUCUUGCGGAUACCACUAAGAUGCAUGAGCAAAAGAUUGUUGAGUUACUAAAGCAACUUGAAGAUGAGCAAUCUCGUUCUGCAAGUUUAGAGAAGCAACUAAAUGAAACAAAGCAGCACCUCAGUGAGGCUCAAAGGUUGCUUCAGAUGCAGGAAAAUAUAGCCAAAGAUAUAAAAAAGGAACUGUCAAGAUUGAAGGAAGAAUCAACAAGCCAAAUCAAGUUGUUACAACAAACAAAUGAUGAACUAUUAUCAGAAAAGGCGUUGAUAUAUGAAGAGCUUAAAUCUGUGCAAGAGAAAGUGCUUUAUGAAGCACGAUACCGGAAGAGUCUUGAAGAUGAAGUUCUCAAGUUGAAAAAAGCUCUUAGUGAAAACAAUGCCGAUCUUGAGUCUAGAGGGACAUACGGUAUGAUCAGAUCUGCAUCAAGUUUAGGUGGUGGUGAUGCAGUCUAUAUGCCUAGGCCAAUCAAAACAAGGGAGACAAUAUCUGGUCAAAGGGAUACUAUAUCAAAGAUAUUUGAAGAAGUUGGGCUUUCAAAUAUUUUAGCAUUGUUAAGAUCUGAAGACUUGGACGUCCAAAUCCAUGCUGUGAAAGUGGUUGCUAAUCUUGCUGCUGAAGAUAUAAAUCAGGAAAGGAUUGUCGAGGAAGGAGGUCUUGAUGCACUUCUUUUGCUUCUAGAAACAUCAGAAAAUACUACAAUCCACCGAGUGACUGCAGGCGCUAUAGCUAACUUGGCAAUGAAUGGGUCGAAUCAAGGACUGAUAAUGAACAGAGGAGGUGCUCGCCUUUUAGCAAAUGUAGCAUCUAAAACUGAUGAUCCUCAGACUCUUCGGAUGGUUGCUGGAGCAAUUGCUAAUUUAUGUGGAAAUGAAAAGUUACAUGUGAUGCUGAAAGAGGAUGGCGGCAUCAAAGCACUUCUAGGAAUGGUCAGAAGUGGGCAUAAUGAUGUCAUAGCUCAAAUAGCUAGAGGGAUAGCAAACUUCGCAAAAUGUGAAUCACGAGCAAUCAGCCAAGGGCACAGAAAAGGGAGGUCUCUUCUUAUCGAAGAAAAUGCUCUUAACUGGAUGGUUGCUAACUCUACGACAUUUUCAGCUUCGACUAGGCGGCACAUUGAGCUCGCUUUUUGUCAUUUAGCUCAAAAUGAAGAAAAUGCACGCGAAAUCAUAUCAACUGGAGGGAUCAAGGAACUAGUUCGAAUAUUGCAGGAAUCUUCACGAGAAGAUAUCCGCAACCUCGCCAAAAAGGCCUUAAAUUCAAAUCCAUUAUUCUUGUCAGGGAUCCAAUGAGCUUUUGAGUUAUUUUACCUUCUAAUAUAUCCAUGUAGUAUAUCAUCCAUAUUUUUUCCAUUCGAAAAAAAAAAAAAAAACCCCAUCUUUUGCAUUAACUGUGGGGAAAGGAUUGAUGACCAUUCGAAACUUAUAGCAUGGCCUAUAGCGCAUGAUGUAUUUGAAUGAAGAGAAAGAACUAAUACAAAUAUAUACAAACAUGAAAUCAAUUCUUUUUUGCUCUC